AUGGACAAAAAAUGCCCAUAUUGUCAUUCUUUGAAAUUCAAAAAUGAACCAUCCGGGAUGUGUUGCGCGUCAGGGAAGGUACAACUACCUGAAAUUGAAACACCACCGGAACCAUUGAACGGUUUGCUUAUCGGCACAGAUCCAGAUUCUAACGUGUUUCUGAAUACCAUUCAAACAUUCAAUUCAUGCUUUCAAAUGACAUCGUUCGAAGCAACAGAAUUAGUUCAAAAUACUAAUGCAAAUGGUCAACAAUACAAUUCUACAUUUAAAAUCAGAGGCCAAGUUUAUCAUAAAAUAGGCUCAUUGCUGCCAAUGCCAAACGAACAACAUAAAUUUUUACGAAUCUACUUUAUGGGCGGCGAGGACUCCGGAAGCGCACUAGCUAAUCGGGUGGAUGCAUGUUGUGGCUACAAUAACCUUGAUUCAUUCUUUGCCAGUCGCAUCGGAUGCUCUAUUGAAUGA